GACCCUUCCCAUACCAUGUCUACGAUCUUGAUAACCGUGCUGGGCUGGUUGGUGUCACCCAUCAUCCGCUGGCUCCUGCCCAAGAUCCUUGUCUGCCUCGGCUUCCACGCCUCCAACAAGCUCCUGGAGCUAGAGAUCCACAUCAUCCCUGAGCUGAAGAAGACGAUGCAGACCGUCGAUCAGGAGAGGAUGAUGCAGAGAGGAAAGAGAGUGAAAACUGAUGUGGACGCGCUGGACAAGAUGGCCGCCAUGCUCAGGCAUGCUCUGGAGGAUGCGGAAGACAUCUUUGACGAUGCUCAGCAUAAGAUUGUCCUCAGAUGUUGCCACCGCCUCUGUGGUGCUUUCACCGCUUGCAUUGCCCUCUGUAAAUGCUGCUGCGUCUGGAUUGCACGCGUCGUCCGGAUAAAAACAGCUUGGCUACUGCAGUGGGCACGGGACAGUUUCUCGUCUUUGUUCCUCCAACGCAGGUCAAAGGAGCCUGUUCUGCUGAAUCUCAGUGCUCCGGUGGUCUCAGACGAGCCCGUUCAAGUGACUAUAGAUAUUCUGGCAUCCGACAAUGAGCCCGAUCCGACGACUACCGGCGCUGCGGCCUCCACCGAGCCUGAUCCAGUGACAACCAAUGCCGCGGUCUCACACAACGAGGCCGUUCCGGAGACGGUGACUACUGGUGCUGCGGCCUCUGACGAGACUGAUCCGGUAACUACCACGACCAGUGAUGUGGCCUCCGGCGAUGAGACCGUUCCGGUGACUGCCAACGCUGCGUCCUCCGAUGAGCCUAAUCCGGUGACAACAAAUGCUGAGGCCUCCGACGACAAGCCCGAUCCGGUGACUACAGCCUCAUAUUCCUUGUCGGGGCGGUGUCUCUCUUGCUUGUGCAGCUCGUUGGACUUCUUCAAGAACUGCUAUAUAUCACUAUACAUCUGGUUAGCUCAUGUGUUUGAGGCUGCCUGCUUUUACAGAGACUGGUCAUAUCAAGUAGUUGGCAUCAAAAAAUGCCAGGAGAAUGCCUCCUUAUUUGAUAUAUUUCUUACUGCUAUCUCAAGAAUGAAGUUGAAGAAAAGAAUACAGAAGGUAGAAAACACCGUCCGUGAAGUGAAGAAGUCACAACUCUUGGGUAUAGAAAGCAACAGCGCACCAAAUGACAUUGCCAACAAAAACAGGAGCAGAAUUAGAGCUGCUAGCAAGCGGGAGGUAUUUGGUCGAGAGGUGUUGCGUGAUGAUAUCAUGGCAAGGCUGCGUGAGACACCACAAGAUGGUGCAACAAGCUGGAGGACUAGUCCAUUUUACUCUGUGAUUGGAAUAUAUGGUGUUGCAGGUUCUGGCAAGACUACCUUUGCACGUUAUAUUUGCGAUUACAUAAAGGAGGAAUGUGAGGAGAAUCUUUUCGACACCAUCAUGUGCAUUCAUGUGUCCGAGACUUUCAGUGUGGAUGAUAUAUUUCAUGAAAUGUUGAAGGAUAUUACCAAAGAUCGUCACUCUGAUAUUUCAGACCGUGAGGAUCUCGUAGAGAAGUUCAAGGAGGCCUUGUGUGGCAAACGUUUCUUCUUGGUAUUGGAUGAUGUCUGGGUGAAGAACAAACAUGACCCACAGAUGGAGGAGCUACUCUCUCCACUCAAUGUUGGGUUGAAAGGAAGCAAAAUCCUAGUGACGGCUCGAACAAAAGAAGCAGCUGGAGCUCUAUGUGGUGAUGAACUUAUUGAAAUGCCUGAUUUGGAUGAGGAUCAAUACAUGAAGAUGUUUAUGCAUUAUGCUUUGAGUGGUAAAAGUGUUACCGUUAAAGAAUUUGAACAAGUUGGGAGAGAGAUUGCCAAAAAGCUACACCGAUCACUUAUUGCAGCAGUAACAGUUGCAGGACGACUUGGGGCAAACCCAAAUAUCAGUUUUUGGAAAAAUGUUGCAAAGCUUGACAUGUUGAAUGACACCCUGGAUGCUCUUUGGUGGAGCUAUCAGCAGCUUAAUCCGGACAUCAGGCGGUGCUUUGAAUUGUGCAAUAUUUUCCCUAGAAGAUUCUAUUUGGUAAAAGACCAAUUAGUCAGCCUGUGGAUAGCAGAAGGGUUUGUGAAGACCAGUUCUGCAACAGAGGAGAUGGAAGAUGUAGCUGAGGGCUACAUUCAAGAGUUAGUGUCAUGCUCAUUUCUGCAACCAGAAGAAGCUAGUUCUAAUACUGAAUUCUUUACAAUUCAUGAUCUGCUGCAUGAUUUAGUAAACAAGGUCGCUGGAAGUGAUUGCUUUAGAAUCGAGAAUGAAAUGGGCCAGAGAGGAGAAGGCUGGAAAGGAGAUGUCCCUCAAGAUGUCCGCCAUCUUUUCAUUCAGAAUUAUGAUGGGGAAUUAAUUCCCAAUAAGAUCCUUGGAUUGGAAAAUUUACGCACUCUCAUUAUCAAUGGUGUUGCAUGGGAUACACCAGUUGAGGAAAAGGUCAUUGAGAGUAUAUGCAUGAGGCUGUCGAAGUUGCGGGUGCUGGCUAUUUGUUUCGGUCAGUACAGUCAAAUCAACAAUCCCAAUGGUGAGUUCCUGGUCCCAGAAUCCAUUAUUCAGCUAAAGCACCUCCGCUAUCUAGCUUUCCGGACAAGUCACUACAGCAAGGUUAUUUUACAAAGCGCGCUAGCUAAACUUCUCCAUAUCCAGCUGCUAGAUUUUGGUUAUGGCAAAAUUUCCGAUUUUAUGUUUGCUGACCUUAUCAACUUGCGGCAAAUAUUGUCGUACAUGAGCUUUCCUAACAUAGGCACGCUUACCUCACUUCAAACAAUACCAUCCUUCAGUGUAAAAAAUGAAGACGGUUAUGAGAUAAAGCAGCUUAGGGACCUAAACAAGCUUCGGGGCAAGCUGACAAUCUUUGGCCUCGUAAAUAUUGAAAGCAAGAAGGAAGCUCUUGAAGCCAAUCUAGCUGCCAAGAAAAGGCUCAUGGAUCUGACACUGUUCUUUUCGGGUUCCAAUCAACAGUGCAGUGCAGAAGUUGAAGCAGAGGUACUUGCGGGCUUGUGCCCUCCCGUGGGGCUUGAACAACUGUCUAUCUGGUACUACAAUGGCUCAAGGUAUCCAGAUUGGAUAGUGGGCAGGCUGAACGGCGGCCCAAAGGAUCUGCAAAGACUUGAAUUCCGAAACUGCCGCCAACUAGGACCUAGUCCUAAACUUGAGGCUUUCCCACAUCUUCGCAGGCUCUGCCUUGUGGAGUGCAGCUGGGACACCUUACCAGGCAAUAUGGAGCACCUCACUUCGCUCGAGAUACUGGAUAUCGAGAGAUGCAUGAAUAUCCGGUCGCUUCCAACACUACCCCAGUCUCUCAAGGUGUUCGCACUUUGGUACUGCAAUAUGGAUCUGAUGAAGGGUUGUGAAACAGAAGGAGAUCCAAACUGGCAUAAGAUAAAGCACAUCCUCCAUAAACAUUUUGACCCACGCAUCCCUUCUCAAGGCUUCAAUGUGAUUGUUCGGCCAAAACGGGAUAGAAAGAAGGGAAGAGUGAAUCCAGUCGUAUAUAUGGUCGUACUACAGCAUAAUUGGACCUGCGCAUCGGUGGUGAGUCAUGCACGCGCGCCGGCAGUGGGGGCAGAUAGCUGGACUGCGGCGAAUGUGCAGGUUGGGGAGAUGCGGUGGUGCGUACUCGGCAGCUGCGUCGGCGGCCGUCAGAUCUGGAGGGGUCAGCCCGGCCGAUUUGGUGCGCUGAGCGGCGAGGGCCGAAGGUCGCAGCCGUUCCUUCUGCUGGUCCUCACGGCACGUGGUGAAGCUGCGGGCACGUGGUGGCGGCCACGAACUGCUUGA